AAAUCUUAAAUAAAUUUGAUCUAGAGUGAUCAGUUUUGGGAAUUUCAUUAAACAACAAGAUCUAAGUAUAAUCUUGUUGAAAGAACAUAGCUACAAACAAAACAAGAACAAGGACAAAGCAAAACUUGAGAUGUAAGGAGCCUUAAAGCUACCGUCUGCUUACAAACUCACAACAUAGAUAAAACAUCAAGACACCAACAUACGACGUGACCUCGUCUUGAAAUCCCAGGGCAAACGGAAUAAUUCACUUUUGAUAAUGUUCAAUUUUCUCCCAUUCGCUGGAUUGCGUUAGCCAACAACUUGAUGAAUCCCACACAAUGGAUACAUUCGUCGUUAUUUUCAUCACAACCCUCUCUAUCUUCUCUAUGGCGUUUGGGACCAUUCACGAGCAUGAAGCUCUGGAGCUACACGGCGUCCACCCCACGUUCCUGGCCAGCCCCACGUCCUACACAGUUGACGCGGGCCAGGUGGCCAAGCUGGAGUGUGCUGUGGAGAACCUGGACGAUAAGCAGGUGAUCUGGAGGAAGACCUCCGACCCCAACCCCCUGACCGUGGGGGAGGAAUCCUUCUACAACAACGACCGCAUCGUGGUGGACCACAAGCUGCACAGCAACAAUUGGGACCUGGUCAUCAGACAGGUCAGGCUGACCGACGCGGGGGUCUACGAGUGUCAGGUCAGCACCAAGUACCGGAACCUACGCCAGCAGGUUCUGCUCACUGUCAGAGAAAUUCCAACCAAUACGACAACAGUACCGAGACCACACAUCCAGAUCACAGGCCCCCAGUUUGUGGAGAAGAACGGCCUGAUCUAUCUCAUCUGUAAUGCCACAGGUCUAGAACACACACCAGACGAACUGGACUGGUUCUUCAACGGCAACAAACUCUCCACACAAGAAAACAAGAAAGUCACCAUAAGAAAUAUGGUGUCGAUUACGUCCAAGACAAUUGCAAGUGUGUUGGAGAUAGCAGAUGCCCAGAUAGAAGAUGGAGGUCUUUACGUGUGUCGUACAUCCAAUCUGCAGAUAAUAAGUCUGCGUGUCUCUGUGCUCAAUGCGGACUCAUUCCCUGUAAAACGAGGAACAUUUGCAGGGAACAGCGACAAGAAAAGAAAAGACAAAGACGAACUAGGCCAACAUGCAGAGCACAGCUACAACACGGCGCAUGCGUCAGUUCGACACCGGCAUCUUCUCACUUCCGUCUUGUCCGUCUUACUGACAGCCAUGUUUUGCUUACAUCCAAGUUGAAGGACAGUUUUUUCAUCGCCUGUACAAAAAUAAACACAAGUGUGAACUUUGAACUCAUCGCUGCGAUACCACAUGGUAUCAAUAGUGAAGCAUUAUGGGACAUGAUGUAAAUAAUCUCUAAACAAUAAAUGAACUCUUUGUUUUUAUUUGAACUAAGCACAUUCCAUUAAUUUGAAUAUUUUACAAACGUAGAUGUUAUUGUAGCUUCUACUUAAAUAGUUCACACGAUUAAUUAUUUAUUUUUAUAUUUCUAAAUUUUAGGAACUAUAAAAUAUUGUGUUUUGCUUUUGUUUAACUUCUUUAAAAAAUUAUUUUUUCAUGAAAAAUAACAGAAUUAAAUGAAUUAGUUAAAGUUAAAUAAAUAUUAAAACUUGUUGUAUCAAGAGGUUAGGAAUUUUUUAGUCGGAUGUCAUGAUUGUAUCAAUCAUCAAUCAUGUUUAAUUUGUUCAUCGUUUCAUACGAAUCGCAUCAAAAAUAGGUCACUAUUACAACUCUCAGAUAAUAUUAUCAUAGUCCUGACCUUAUAUAAAUAUAUUCGUCACGAUUGCUUCAAUCAUCCAAUUGUGUCAAUCAUCCUUACAUAUCAUGGUUGUGAUUGUAUCAAUCAUUAAGAAUGAUUGCGUCAAUCAUUACACUCAGUGCUGGAGCCCCUAUUUGAUGCCACAGUGUAUGUAAGAAUGUGUAAAUAAAUAAAUAGUCGCUAGGAUGUUGUUGCAUGCAAGUACAUUAAUAAGUUCAUGAUUUGAUGUCCGUAUGUAAUUAUAAUUAUUAUUGAAAUGAAAGUAGGAAUGUGUAUGAUAAUGAUGUCAUUAUUGUUAUAUUUUGUUCAUGUGGUCAAUGUUCGUGGUAGAUGGGUCACCACUGGUCAAGA